AAUUUAUUUAAACAAGGAGACAACGGAUGUUCGCGUUUUUUGUACAUUUUUGCCGUUUUCACGGCGAAAGACCGAUUCCCAGUUGCUGUUACGAUCCCGUUGACGUAUCCUGCCAUGUGCAGUGCCAUGGUAGCCACGUAAAUACAAUCCAGCCAGGAGUUGGACUGGCAGGACCAAGUUGUAGAAGUGUUAUGCGACUGGGCAUCAGUUAGAGGCCAGACGGGAAAAAUCGACCAUUCGAACAAGGACUUUUUUUUGUACAAAGCCCAAGUGGAAAAUCAAGUUAAAUAUGAAGUAUUUCCUGAUCCUGCUUCUCGCCGUCCCGGCGAUAGUCUUUACCCUAAGCCCAGGGAUAGUUAGGGCUCAAGAAGACGAUGUAGACGACGAGAUGGUGGACGUUGAAAAUGAAGAGACUGCCGUAACAGGAGAAGAUGCCGUCGAAGAAGAAGAGGCGCCGGAAAAACCAGGUGGUUCGCCUGAUGCCGAUACGACCAUACUAUUCACAAAGCCUUCGCUGCAAACUGGCUCACUCCUCGAUCUCCCUGGAGGCGUUUUGGUUGAGUUCCUUGUCGGGUUCAAGAACAAAGGCUCCCAGGACUUUGUCCUCGAGACUCUCGAUGCUUCGUUCAGAUACCCAAUGGACUUCAAUUUUUACAUUCAGAACUUUUCGACUCUCAGCUAUGAGAAGCCAGUUAAGCCGAGUCAAGAAGCCACACUUUUUUACAGUUUUGUACCAGCGGAGGCAUUCGCCGGAAGACCUUUUGGUCUCAGCAUCAACCUCAGAUACCGGGACUUGGGCGGAAACCAAUACUACGAAGGUGUCUUCAACGAAACUGUUAACAUUAUCGAGCUUGACGAAGGCCUAGACGGAGAAACGUUCUUCCUUUAUGUGUUCCUGAGUGCUUGUGCCGUCUUGGCAUUGGUUGUAGGACAACAGUUCCUCGUUUCCGUUGGUAAGAAGAGGGUCGGAUCGUCUUCAACCUCAUCGAAGAAACAGAUCGAAACUGGUACCAACGAUGACGACGGCAUUGACUAUGAUUGGCUCCCAAAGCAAACUCUGCAGAGCUUCAAAAACGGACAACAAGGUUCAAAGAAGAGUAAACAGAAGCGACGCAAAAACAAAAAAGGCGUCUCGAGGACAAUAUAUGCCCAAACGGGUGUACAAAACUGAGACGAGUCCCAAAAGAAACAGCAAAUCACCGAAGACUAGCCCUAGAAACCGGGCGAAGAGAUCUGCGAGGGACGACUGACAUCAUUCAGUACACCUUGUGGGGACAAAACUUUUUUUCAUUUUUUUUCUUCUAUGAGAAAAAAAACGUACAGACUGAUCCUGCAGGUCUGUAGUACAUCCGAUACUACAUUUUUUCACAUGUUAAAAUCAGUAUAAAUUUUAUUGAGUAAAAAAUCGUAAUUUAAUAUUAAAAUAAACACCUCUUUGAGGGUUUUUAAGUGAUAUUUAUAAAAUAAAAAAAGAGACAAAAAAUGCUCACAAUAUUAUAGCAAUCAAUUAUUGAAAAAAUUGUAAUUUUUUUUUAAAUUUCUAAUUUAUUUAAUUUUUUUUUUUACAUUUACAUGUUUUUUGUUUGUGCAAUAUGCGAGGAGUGCGUCAAUUGUUCAUAACUUUUAGACAUGGAAA